AAAAAAAAAAAAAAAAAAAAAAGUAAGAAAGAAAAAGCACUAGAAAGACAAGUUUGUUUCCUCUCCAAACUUGAAUUCCUCUCCCUUCGAAUCCGUACGAAUCCCCCCUCUCUCUCUCUCUCUCUCUCAAAUUUCGUUGUCAAUACAGAGCUCCCUUUACUCUCAUACGCAUACACUGCAUGUCUCUGAAUCUAUUCUUUCAUAUAUUUCAAUAGAAAUCAACAUCUUCUUUUCUCUGUUUCAAGUUUCGAAUCAAAACCCAUCUUUUGAUAUACCUGUAAAACCCCUCAAAUUCAUCUUCUCAAUCUUUGUUUCCCGCAUUUUAUGGCGGGAACUUCAAUAUUGAAGCGAACCAUUUCCAAUCUCUGUGUUUGAGUUUUGUAUCUUUGAAUACAAGUAUACAGAAUCUUCUUUUGAUUGUUUUGUUUCUUUAAUGGCGAACCCAUCUGGUAUUCAUCAUCAAGAUGCCAAUCAUACGCCCUCUUCUAUCGUUGGAGCAAAUCCCACUAACGGACAUGGGAAUUCAGUUCCUGAGCGUUCUGUUGGAGCGUUGAAACAUAACCCUGGUAUCUCCACAGAUUGGAGCGCGGAAGAGCAAGCAAUUCUUGAAGAUGGUUUAGUUCAAUUUGCUACAGAUCCAAGCGUAUCACGUUAUGCGAAAAUAGCUUUGCAGCUGCCGAAUAAGACAGUCCGGGAUGUUGCAUUGCGCUGCAGAUGGAUGACCAAGAAAGAACAGAGCAAGAGAAGGAAGGAAGAUAAUUUAGCAAGGAAAAGCAAAGAUAAAAAGGAAAGAGUUGUCGAUCCUUCAGCAAAGGUAUCUCCGUUCAUGGCCAGACCUAAUAUUCCUCCAUAUUCAACUCCAGUGAUUCCAAUGGAUUAUGAUGAUGGCAUUUCAUGCAAAGCCAUUGGUGGUAUUACAGGGGAGCUACUUGAGCAAAAUGCAAAGGUCUUAAAUCAAAUUUCUGCUAAUCUUUCUACAAUGCAGCUUCAGGAAAACAUUGGUCUUCUCUGCCAAACUCGUGACAACAUUCUCAAGAUUAUGAACCAGUUGAAUGAUAUGCCUGAUAUAAUGAAGCAGAUGCCACCACUUCCAGUCAAGUUAAAUGAAGAGCUGGCUAACACCAUCCUGCCCCACUCGAAUCUUCCCAUGAAAUAAUCAUGACCCUUGGAUGCAGGCUCAACCCAUCCGUAGACGAUGGGAUUAAUUUCCAGCGAGCUGACCGUUGAUUAUGCAUUGGAAAUUGCUGUUCUGUAAAUUGUAGUGGUUUUUGUUUCUGCCCUCUUCAUUAUAGUUACUUUGAAGAAAUAGUUGGUAGUAUAGAAAGUGAUUUGGUUUUCAUGUAGAGAACAGGGAAUGAAAAAGUAAAGAAGUUAGUGCUCAGUUUCAUUAA